AUGGUCUGUGAUGAUGAUGUGAUUGAACCGCGACAGCAAAGUUUAACCAAAAAUCAUCAUCAAGAACGUUUCUGCGCCAAUGGCUCGUACGCCGAAAUGGCGUCAGGACUUGCAGGGGAUUCCGUACCUGACCGUUGUUGUGCCGUUACAAAGGAUGGUACAGGAAUGCUUCGAAUGGAUCCACCCCCACAGCCCCACGGAGUCGUCGUGUUGACGAUACGAGACUGGACUGUUGAGUAA